AUGGACGCCUUUCACGAGGGUUUCUCUGCACCUCGUCCGGUUCGCAAGAAGUUCGCCAAACCACCAGUCAAGGUCGCCUGUUUGCCCUGCCGGGCCUCGCGCACUCGCUGUGGCGGGCAAGAGCCCUGCUCGAAUUGUCUCGCCAAAGGCCGAAAAUGCUCUUAUCUGCCCAGCAAGCGCGGCGGGCCGCGCAAAAAGAAGCAGCGCUUGUCCCCGUCCCCAGAUGGGGAAGAUCAGCAAAACGAGGCUCGCUUCCCCGAUGUUUCGGCGGACUUUGACGAAGCAUCGGGGAUGUUUAGUCAAAUCGAUGAUCUUUCUCUGCCUGGCGCGGGAUUGCGGCAUUUGGAUUUCAGUCAGGCGAACUCGGUGUUUCCGGGUUUCCCCUCCAUUCCAUUGGAUCUGUCGCCGUUACCUAUGAGUAACAAUGCUCAGUCAUUAGUGAGGCUCUAUGGGAGCGAGCUCGCGAUUUUGAACGCAUAUUACGAUUUUAUUCAUCUCUAUUUCCCCAUUUUGCCUCCGCGGGUGACGCCUCCAAGUCCGGAUCAACCCCUGCAUUGCCCAUUGUCUGGUUCUGGUAACUCUGAGCCUCUGAUGGUUUACCGGCCUCGGUCUCCAUUGAGUCUUGCUAUAUCUGCGGUCUUGGCCUUGAUCCCUCACCCGGAUGAUCCUGAGCCAGCAUCAAAUCUAUCAGUUCUCCGGCGGAGGACAUAUGCCCAUACGUUCGCGCAACUAGCCAAUUCCAUUAUCGAAGCCGAGAGUGAUCUGGACUUGUCAACUACAGAUCCUAGCCAGGCUCUCUCAACGCCGCGUCCGCCAGUCAAAAGGGAAAGGCUUCAUCCACGGACGCCGGGAGACCUUGAAACCUUGCUGGCACUGCUGGUUCUUUCAGUAUACGAAUACUCUCAAAGGGGCAAUCUUCUCAAAAUGAGAUAUCGGGCUAGUCAGGCACUCGCACUGGCAUUGGACAAAUCUCUGCACUGCUACACUGCCGAAAAUCAAUUUUCUGAAGCUCGCCGAAGAGCGUGGUGGAUGACAUAUUACUGUGUUAUUCAGGGCUCCAUCGUGAGCACUACACCCCCAACAAUCAUAAUCAACGAUCCUCAAUUUACAACCCCUUACCCGCGAUUUGCGUCGGAUGCCGAAGGAUGGUCUAUCUUGAUACAAGCGCAGCAAGUCUUGGUAUCAGCGACACAAUUUAUUGCAGAACUAAAUAACGGUCUUUCUUCACAAUCGACUAUGCACUACAUGUUUGAAAGAAUGCAACAACUAGAUUCCUGGACAAACUCGGUACUAUCACAAGCCGAGGUCCUGCCUAUUCCUCUCCAGGAUAACGACAUUGGGGACUGCCACGAAAGUACUACCGCGCGAAGUAUACGAUCGAUAGCUCACAUCAAACUCUCCAGUGCGCAAAUCAAGACCCAUCGCUUCCGCGCGUUCUCCGAUAUUCCUAUCUUCAUUAAGAAACACUGUGACUUGACAGCCGCGACUAAUCCCGGUUCCAUUCAAGACAAUAAAAUUCAAGGCUUAUCAUCAGCCCACCAACCUCACAACAUCUCAUGCUCAUGCAGCAGUCUAGACCAAUUCCAGCGCGCCUCAUCAGCGGAAUACAUGACACCAUCCGACUCAUCGACUUCGUCCGAUAUCCACCCCAAUAUACCUCAAUACCCCCAAAUACCCUUUGCCCCCGGCUUCCCUUACAGCCCACAGCAGUCAGCUAAGAUCUGUCUUCGCGCCGCCCUUGUGAUAUCUCGCACGUUCGAAAGCCUGCCAUACCCGCAGCCUCUCACGAGUAGCCACCACAAUCGCUCACCGCAACGCCUGCCUCGGACGAUGCCUUCGUUCGCAUGCUGCCUGAUGCAGAGUAGCUAUGCAAUGUUCAUGAUCUUCUACAAAGCUUCCGUUGCGAAGCAGUUUUCUCCGAGCUCCGAGCGGGACCUUAUGGGUGACUCAACGGACCGCCUCAUUGAGGAGUUGAGGCAAGGGCUUGAAAAGAUUAUCGUGGCCGUGUCAAAUUAUUCCAUGGCCUUUGAGGCCUUGGAUGGCAUGCGAGAUGAAAUUCAAGGCGCUUAUCAGACGGCCUUUCCCAACGCCAAUAUUUGA